AUGGCUGCGCCGCGAGACGUCCCUCCGGGGAUGGAAAACUUUGUCGUCGGCUUGAUUGGCAUGGGCGACAUGGGACGAAUGUACGCCGAGAGGUUGUCUGAAGCUGGCUGGAGCGUCGAAGCUGCCGUAAUCGACAGCGUCAUUGCCAGCUACGGACCCUCCACCAAAAUGGGCGCCAUCGUCGGCGGCCAGACCUCGUGCAAGUCGCCCGAGAUCGCCGCCUUCGAGCGCCACCUCCCCGCCGACGUGGACAUCGUCUCGUGCCACUCGCUGCACGGUCCCGGCGUGGACCCCACGAACCAGCCGCUCGUGCUCAUCCAGCACCGCGCGCCCGACGCCUCCCUGCGCAAGGUCGAGGCCGUCCUCGGUUGCCUGCGCUCCAAGUUCGUGCACCUCUCCGCGCACGAGCACGACCGUAUCACCGCCGACACGCAGGCCGUCACCCACGCCGCCUUCCUCUCCAUGGGCAAGGCCUGGCACGCCAACCGCCAGUUCCCCUGGACCAUGAGCCGCUACGUCGGCGGCAUCGAGAACGUAAAGGUUAACCUGAUGCUCCGCAUCUACAGCCAAAAGUGGCACGUCUACGCGGGGCUCGCCAUCCUCAACCCCGAGGCCCGCGAGCAGGUCGCGCAGUACGCCCGCAGCGUCACGGAUCUCUACAAGCUCAUGCUCAUCGGCGACCUGGAAGGCUUGCGGACGCGCCUCUACGCGGCGCGUGACAAGGUCUUUGGCACGGCAGCCUGGGGCGGCGACGAGCAUGGCAAGCUGCUCAUCGAGCCGUCGGUGCUGUCGAGUUUCGCGCUCGGCCAGCCGUCCGACGACGAUCCGGCGACGCGUCGCGCAAACAACCACCUGUCGCUACUCGCCAUGGUCGACUGCUGGGCGGAGCUGGGAAUUGUGCCGUACGACCACAUGCUGUGUAGCACGCCGCUGUUCCGUUUGCGACUCGGUGUCACCGAGUACCUCUUCCGCACCCCGGCCCUACUCGAUGCCGCGCUCGUCACCGCCGUUGAGGACCAGACGUACCGCAGCGAUGACCUCGAGUUCACCUUUGCCGCGCGCGCCUGGGCAGAGUGCGUUAGCCUUGGCCACUUCGAGACUUGGCGCAAGCGUUUCGAGAGCACCCAAGAGUUCUUUGAGCCGCGCUUCGCCGAGGCCAAGGUUGUCGGCGACCAGAUGAUGAAGAAGGUGUUUGAGAGCAGCAGCAAGCCGUAA